AUCGUUGUUUGCUAACUGCCAAAAACCGUGAAGGAAGAAGAAAUCCUCACGAGCCAGAAGCUGAUCGUGUCAUUUAAUCAAAUCAUGAAGACGGUUCUCGUAUUUUUAUGGAGAAAACAAAUGACAGAAGUUUGAUUAAAACUCGGCGGUUUGUUUUUUAGAGGCCGGAAGGUCGUGAUGAACAUCCCCAGUGGAUUCAUGUGUAACGCUGCUCGAAGCUUCACCUUGUGGAGCCCAGCUGCUGGUCGGCUUUGCUGGCGGCCUCUGGGCGCUGGUUCUACGUCCAGGAUGAUGUCCUCCAAAAGGCAAACGGACCAUCUUGAGAGGACAGUAGGCAACUACAGACAAGAUGCUCUGUAUCCGGCGGAGAUAUGUGGAAUGGUGAGCGAAUCGGAAACGGUAAAAAGACUGAGGAUCGUCGUCCAUCCAGACUUCACCUUUAAAGCGGGACAGUGGGUGGAUUUCUUCAUUCCUGGGGUGGAGAAGGUUGGAGGUUUCUCCAUGUGCUCCAGCCCGGGUUUGUUGCAGCGAGAGGGCGUCGUAGAACUGGCCAUCAAAAACGCCAAGCACCCCCCGGCUCACUGGGUCCACACCGUGUGUGCGCUAGGCUCCCAGGUAGCCCUGCGCGUCGGCGGGGACUUCUUCUUUGACCCGUCACCCUCUGAUCCCGCCGUAGAUCUGCUGUUGGUGGCCGGAGGCGUAGGGAUCAAUCCCCUUUACUCAAUCCUGUCACACACGUCAGAUCUUCUACAUCUCAGUCAAGCCUCGGGUGGCCGGGACUACAAAAUAGGCUCCGCCCACCUCUGCUACAGUGCCAAGAACACAGAGGAGCUGCUCUUCAAGAACUCUAUCAUCCAGUCUUGUCAGCAGCUUCCUGACAAGUUCUCCUGUAACUUCCACAUCACGCAGCAAAGAGCAGAAGUGGACCAGCACCUGCGGCCGUUCGUCAAAAGUGGAAGAAUCACACCGAUGGAGCUGCAGGCUCAUGUGAACCCACAAAGGACUUUGUGCUACGUGUGCGGACCUCCACCCAUGACUGAAGCCAUCUCAAAAACCCUCAAGGAUCUCGGACUUCCCAAAGACAGGAUUCUGUUUGAGAAGUGGUGGUAGGAGCGGAGAUGAUUCCCACAGGCUCUCCUCACCUGCUCUGGGUUCUCCUGCAGGAGGAGUGGAGGACAUGACUAACAUUUCUCUAAGUCGGCAGGAGGAGGAAAAGCCGCGUCUGGUCCCAGCUGGUUUGAGCGACUGGGAGACUCCGUGUGACAGUGACUGAAUACGAGCUUCUCCUCGUUUCACUUUUACUUUACCUAAAACUAUUUAAAGAUUUCAGGCUUGUAUUAAAGUAACAACCAAUUUUUUUAAUACGUUCUUUAUUUAAAUAUCUUGACACCUACCAGUGUGUGACUGGGUUUAUGUGAGAUGAGCUGAAGUCACACCUUCAGUAAACACAGGUGACAUUGGUAUCCAUCUGCUUUGAAAACUCAUGCAUUUCCUAAAAAGGGAUGCUUUUAUUUUGAAAGUCCCUUUAAAGAUUUCAUUCCUGA